AUUGCCACAAAACUAGCUUGACUGCCCUGGCUCGCGAGGAAUGAAUGCAUGGACGGUUGCCUUGCGGUAGCUAAGAAGCAGGGAAAUACGUGCAUCUACUUUAAUCCAACAUCAUGGAACAUGGUUCCCGGCCGCCUAGCUAACCAGCUUACCUGAUCAUAUUUUCUUCGCGGCUUGUAAGCCAUCGGUCCUAGGCUUGCCCAGCGAGCCCCUAUUUUAUCUAUCACCAUGGUCGGCGUGCCCAAGAGCAAACGGUGCAGUUUUUGUAAAUCAAGAAAGACGAAGUGCGAUGAGAAAUGGCCGAAUUGUGGGACUUGCACUCGGGCUGGCAAGAUCUGCUCAGGUCCCAGGACGGAUCAUAAGUUCAUCGUGAAUGGGUGCCAUGGUGGAGUGCCAAAUGAUGCAGGAGAUGCAAGGCAUACAAGACGUCUGCCGUUAGAAAGUGGGUGCACUAGCAAAGUGGACAGUAUAUCACGGCACCAUGCCGACGCCGUCGUCCUUGCUACAAAGCACCUUUUCGUGGACGAAUCUACGCACAAAGGCCGCCAGGUGGCUGCAAACCUAUCGAAACCUUUAUCAUGGAACCCCCCAGAUAAAGUCACAGCUCAUUUGAUCGCUUGUCUGGGCGCCGCACCCGGAACUGGCUACGACCUGCAUAUUCUUGGAGCCUUUCUCCCUCUGAUACCAAGACAUCUAGGCAGCGGGCACACGGCACUGAGCUAUGCGGUCGAGCUCCUGCUAGGCGCCUGGGAGAAUAGCCGUCAGGGACUGCCUUCGGAGCUGUGGUUGGAUCUAAGAGCGUACAAUAGAGCGCUCCGUAGUCUCAAGGCCACGCUCGAUGAUGCCAAUUCCGAACACCUGACCAACACACUUGCUACACUAUGCGUAUUGCAAAAGACUGAGAUCUUGUAUGACUUUACAAGGGGCUCAAAUCAGGAAAACCAUGCAGCCGGACUUAUUGCCGUCAUCAAGGGGGGCGGUCCGAGACAGCCCAUGGAGGAAAUGGCGCUCCAUGUCACGUUUGAGAGCAUUUUCCACAUGUUGCAAGAAGACAUUCGUCAACGCCGGGAAAGCGAUUUCCAUAACCCAGAGUGGAUGAAAGCACUGCAUGGCGCAGUAGAUGCGAGCGGUGUCACGCCCGUUCUCAAGCACUUGUAUCAUCUUUGGGUCGACGCAACGGUCUGGCCAGGCCUUGCGCGAUUGGUUAGCUUGAUUCGGCGACAUCCGUCGGAUACAAUGACCGCCGCCCAGCUACAUUUGAGGGCGACGGCAUUGGCUAACCUACUACGGAAUCAGGAUGAAACCAUACUAGCUGCUCUAGAAGACGUAGGCGCCAUCAGCGAGGUCGAAAACAAGAAUCGUCCGGAUCUAUUUCCAAAAUGCUACCAAUUCGCCGACUUCCCAACGGCAAAGCUAUUCUCUACACACACCCUAUUCAGCAUCCUUGCUUAUCGAUUCCUACAGGAAGCGGACCAGGUUCUGUGCUCCCAUAGGGAUCCAUAUUUAGAAGCACAAGCGAGGAAAUUCAGUAAGCGGGCUUGGAUGGCAUACCCUUGGUUGCAGAGCCAGAUCCCACUGGCAGUAGAUUUCACAGGAUGCCUGGUGUUUUCUUACGAAGCUGGGAACGAAGAAGAGCGCAGGUUUUGCGCUGCAGGUCUUACGGAGAUGGACUCCUCCCGACAUCCGCCUCCCAUAGGCCAAUGGGUCGAGGCGACGAUCAUGGCCAAUGCAAAAGCUUAUACUGGCCGGCUUCCUUUCAUCAAAACACAGGAUUCAACGGUGGAGUAUGAAGGUGUAGGUUGUCGAAGUUAAUCGGGGAUGGACCGGCCGCCUUGUAUGAUUGUAAUAGGAACCAGAGUUAGAGAUAUAGCUUCAGGGACCCAAAAUUAGAAUAAAGCACGUUAAUGACAGUAGAUCAGACAGGUUUGGCUGUGAUCUUGUAGGCUUCUGGGACGA